GACGCCCUCCCGCUCCCCGCCGCCCUCUGCACCCUGCUCCUCCGCAGCCACCCGGAGAUGGCCCCCGCCGCAGCCCGCCAGCGGGGCUCCCUCUGCAGAGCCGCCUCCCGGCAUGUCCUCUUCGGCCUCCUGGUUUUGAAUUCAUUUUGUGAAGCUUGCAAGGAAGUCACUUUUAAUGUUCCUUCUAAAUUAGAGGCUGGGACAUUAGUUGGAAAAGUAAAUCUGAAAGAGUGCCUUAAGUCUGCAGAACAUAUUAGUUCAAGUGAUCCUAACUUUAGAAUCCUAGAAGAUGGUUCUGUGUUUACAACAAAUACAACUUCUUUGUCUUCUGAGGAAAAGACUUUUACCAUCUUACUCAAGGAUGUUCAAGGGCAUGAAGAAAAGACGAUAGAUGUCAAUUUGCUAGGUCAUCAAGAAAAGACACCUAAGACAAGACAUACUAGAGAUACAGUCCUGAGGAGAACCAAAAGAAGGUGGGCUCCUAUCCCAUCCUCUCUGAUGGAGAACGCUCUUGGACCUUUUCCAAUGCUAAUUCAACAGGUCCAGUCUGAUGCAGCCCAAUACCACACCGUUUAUUACUCUGCAACUGGUCCUGGAAUUGAUAAAGAGCCAGUGGGUUUGUUUUACAUGGACAAAAAUGGGAAUAUUUUUGCUACUGGCCCAGUAGACCGUGAAGAGUAUCCAAUGUUUAAAAUAACUUGCUAUGCAACCUCUGCAGAUGGCUACCUAUUAGAGACACCACUGGAACAUACAAUCAAAAUUGAGGAUGAUAAUGAUAAUGCACCAGAGUUUACAGAAGACUGUUUUCAGUUUCAUGUUAAGGAACAUUGCAAAUCUGGGACAAUAGUUGGACAAGUCACGGCAAAAGACCGAGAUGAACCCAAUACUCUGCAUACUUCCCUGAGAUAUCGAAUUGUAUCAGAACAACCAUCAUCACCCAAAAUAUUUUCUAUUAAUUCUGAAUCGGGUGUAAUAAGCACACUAUCAUCACAACUGGAUAGAGAGAAAUUAGCCAAACAUAUAUUGUUAAUUGAAGUACGAGAUAUGGGAGGUCAGCCUUUUGGUUUGUGCAAUACAACAACAGCUGUCAUUAUCGUUGAUGAUAUAAAUGACAAUGUUCCAAUUUUUAGCAUUUCAUCUUAUGAAGUAAGAGUGCAGGAAAACCGAGUGAAUGUGGAAAUACUGAGAAUUCCUUGUUUGGACAAGGAUGAGCCCAACUCAACUGCCUGGCAGUGCAAAUUCACUAUUGUAAAAGGAAAUGAAGAUAAUCAUUUUGCUAUUACAACAGAUAAAAGAACAAAUGAAGGGAUAUUAUGUGUUGUUAAGGGACUAAAUUACGAAACCAGCCAGCUAAAGAUACUUGAGAUUACCGUAGCUAAUGAGAUACCUUAUGUGAUAGUACCAUAUUCAAGUGCACUUGCCCAGGGCACCUGUACUGUUCGAGUUAUUGUACAAGAUGUUGAUGAGGGGCCAGUAUUCAAACCUUGUUUGUUACGUAUCACGAUUGACGGAUGCGCUAAAGGUGAAACAGUGGUCGGCAAAUACCUAGCUGAGGACCCAGAAACCGGAAAUAGCGAAGGCAUAAGCUAUCGGAUUCCACCUGAGCAAUGCAAAUGGCUCUCCAUUAAUGAAAAUUCAGGCGAGCUCAGAACUGUUACACUUUUGGACAGAGAUCAGCAAGACAGGACGAACAAGCAGUGUAACAUUUCAGUCAUUGCAAUAGAUCGAAGUGGUAAAACUGGUACUGGAACAGCAUGGGCUACUAUAGGUCCUUGCAACAGGUCUCCCAUUGUGACUCCAAUUGACUAUAUACUGUGUAGAGACAAAAAACCGAUUUUUGUUACUGCAUUUGAUCCAGACAUGUCUCCCUAUUCUCAUCCUUUCACAUUCGAUAUUUCUGACAUGAGUAUGCGUGCAGAAUGGCAAACAGUACAAAAUAACGAUACAUCUAUAUUUCUUUCACCAAUGAGGGAUAUGCCAUUCGGAAUAUAUAAAAUUCCUAUUGUCGUAAGGGAUAAUGCAGGAAAAGAAGGAAUAAGUAUGGUUACAGUUAACUAUUGUGACUGUACUACACCAAGUGAUUGUAAUAGGAGCCAACAAGUUGCACCAGCUGUUGUUCUGGGUGUAUGGGCCAUUCUUGCAAUGAUUCUGGGCGUACUAUUACUGCUAAUAAUCCUGAUUACGCUUUGUGUCUGUUAUGGCCGGACAACAGUGCAUAAACACGUGAUUGAUGAUUCAGCUAAUCAGAACUUAAUUUUAUCAAACACAGAAGCACCAGGAGAAGAAGUGAUGGAUCCAAAUAUAAUUCCUUUACAAGCUGCACCUGUACAUUCUCGUGAACAUAGGGUUGGAAUGGGCAGACAUGAAGUAAGCACAGGGGGAAAUGCUUUUGAAAUGUCCAAAGGACAUCAGACCCUAAAUGAACGUGGACAGGCCAUGAUGGAACAAGGCAGAGACUCAUACUCAGAAUGGCACAAUUUCACACAUUCUCGUCUAGGUGAAGAACCCAUUAGAGGACACACUCUGAUUAAAAAUUAAACAAUAAAAGAAGGUGUAUAUGUGCAGACAGGAUGAAGAAAAUAAGCAUUCUGAAGACUAUGUCCUUCCAUAUAAUUAUGAAGGAAGAGGAUCAUUGGCUGGUUCUGUAGGCUGCUGCACUGAUCAGCAAGAAGAGGAGGCGCUUGACUUUUUAGAUCAUCUGGAACCCAAGUUUAGGACAUUAGCAGAAACAUGUAUAAAGAGAUAAGUGUUUCUGUCAGAGUACUAAUAUCUGUAAAUAAAUGGUGGUGUUCUACUU